AGCUCCUAUGUUUUAGCUAAUUACGUCUGUGUACUUUGCCAUUUCUUUUAUUGUUUCGUUUUAAUUUUUUAGUUUUAGAUAUGUUGGGAGUGUUUAGCAGUGCGAUUGUGUCGCCGCCGGACGAGCUGGUGGCGGCGGGAUGCCGGACUCCGUCUCCGAAGAUAUCAUCGGAUGCGUUAGUGAAGCGAUUCCUCGACACCAAUUCUUCGUCUGUGUCCUUACAGAUUGGAGAUAACGCUCAGUUGGCUUACACUCACCACAGCGAGUCCUUGCUGCAGCCGAGAUCAUUUGCAGUAAAAGAUGAUAUCUUCUGCUUGUUCGAAGGAGCAUUGGACAACUUGGGAAGUCUAAGGCAGCAGUAUGGUCUAGCUAAGUCAGCAAACGAGGCCGUUUUGGUGAUUGAAGCUUACAAGGCUCUUCGUGAUAGGGCACCCUACCCUCCAAAUCACGUUGUAGGUCACCUGAGUGGGAGCUUUGCUUUCAUUGUCUUUGACAAUUCUACCUCAACCUUAUUUGUGGCUUCUGAUCAAUUUGGUAAGGUUCCUCUAUAUUGGGGGAUCACUGCUGAUGGACACGUGGCGUUUGCUGAUAAUAUUGAACUGCUUAAAGGUUCUUGUGGCAAGUCACUUGCUUCUUUCCCUCAAGGAUGCUUCUACUCGACGGCAGUUGGAGAACUAAGAAGCUUUGAGAAUCCCAAACAUAAGGUCACUGCCGUUCCUGCUAAAGAGGAAGAGAUUUGGGGUGCUACUUUCAAGGUGGAAGGGCCAACAGUGCUCGCAGCCAGAGAGUAAUAAAAAAAAAACUUGUAGAGAGAAGAGAGGGUUUAUGAUGACGAGGCUGGUGUAGUGUACACAGUGGAAGAGGGGCCGUCCAUGUCAGCAGUAUUAUUAUGAGUGUUUGGUGGAAUGUAAAAAAAUAGUUCAAACUUCUUUUUAGGUCUUUUUCUUCUGUUUGUUUUUCUGUGUACAGUUAUGUUUGCUUUGUUAAGUAAAAGCUUCCUCUUUGUUGCUA